GGCCAAUCCAAGACAUGAGAGACAGGACAGACGCACUGUAUUGUUUAAAAGCUGGAUUAGUCGGAUAAGGGAGGCGGUUACCUCAUUCAUUCUAUUCCCACCGUUUCCCAAUUCUCUCUUCCUCCUUCACUCAGUGAAACAUCCUUCGAUGGCGCCCCAAUUCACGCGUGAGUGGACAGGAAUCAAUACCUUUGCGCCUGCCACCCAGACAAAGUUGCUUGAGCUCUUGGGAAAGCUUAAACAAGAGAAUGUGAACUCUUUGACCAUACUUGUGAUGGGGAAAGGUGGUGUUGGGAAAUCUUCAACUGUCAAUUCCAUCAUUGGGGAAAGAAUAGUUUCUAUUAGCCCAUUUCAGUCGGAAAGUCCACGGCCGAUGAUGAUAUCGCGAUCAAGGGCGGGUUUUACGUUAAACAUUAUUGAUACUCCUGGUCUAAUUGAAGGGGGAUACAUCAAUGAUAUGGCGCUCGAUAUAAUAAAACGUUUCCUUUUGAACAAGACCAUAGAUGUUCUGCUUUACGUGGAUCGCUUGGAUGCGUACAGAGUGGACAACUUGGACAAGUUGAUCGUCAAAGCUAUAACAGAUAGUUUUGGCAAAGCAAUAUGGAGUAAGGCUAUAGUAGCUCUAACACAUGCUCAGUUCUCUCCACCAGAUGGUUUGGCUUAUGAUGAAUUCUUCUCGAAAAGAUCUGAGGCUCUAUUGAAAGUUGUUAGAUUGGGUGCCCGGAUAAAGAAAGAUGCCUUUCAGGCUGCUGGUGUUCCUGUUGUUUUGGUCGAGAACAGUGGGAGAUGCAACAAGAACGAUAGUGAUGAAAAGGUUCUUCCAAAUGGAAUUGCUUGGAUUCCUCAUCUAGUGCAAACAAUCACAGAAAUCGCAUUAAACAAAAAUGAGUCUGUUCAUGUCGACAAGAAGCUGAUUGAAGGGCCAAAUCCUAAUCAAAGGGGAAAACUGUGGAUUCCUCUUAUAUUUGCUCUCCAAUAUUUCUUUGUCAUGAAGCCAAUAGAAGGACUGAUCCAGAAUGACAUUCAGAACGAGAGUAAGCCAGCGUGGGAGUUGCGGGAUGCAGCAUCUCGGAGGAGAAAUCGAUAUUAGCGGUGCACGCCAUUGCUUUCAAGAAACGCCUUUCGGUUUUUGGUUCCCGGUGCUGCUACAAUUAUCCAUUGUCUACUUAUUUUCCUUGUGAACAUAGAAUUGUUUCCAUGUACUGCAAAUUGCUAGUAGUCUGCGGCAACAGAUAUUUAUUCGGCUUUUGAGAGGAUUCUUUGUAUGCUGUGAAGUUGGUUCCUUCUGCAAAUUAAUGAUUUAGAUACAAAUUUGUGUUUACCUUGCUAGUUGCGUAUCCAUAUUUUAGUCUUAAUUUAAUAAGGGAAGAUUGUUUUUCCCAAAUUUCGAUAAGCGUUGAAUCUGACUAUCAGACAGUUUAUGAUUGACAAUUUGAUACUUCUUCAUGUAA